ACGUGUCCCACUACAACAUGGCAGCCCGCAGUCUUCUAGUCUGAAGUGAAUUCCCCGUCAACAAAUAUUAAUUAGAGCCAUAUUAAGAACUGUAAGAAUCAAAGUGAAGAACAUGACAGACGUUGGUGAAAUCUGCGGGGUUGUUUCUCCAUCAGCGAAAGAGAAAACAUCUGAGAUCAAAGAAGAUUUAAUAGACGAGGGGAAAUUAAAAGAGCAAGUAGCUGUGACUGAGGGAGUGAAAACUGAUGAAACCAAAGCAGGUGGAGGAGAAGCAGGCUCCUCUGAGGCUAAUAAUCUGUACCGCUACGUCCAAGCAGACCUCUUUACAUCGGAGAUUUUCAAAGUGGAGAUUCAAAACCUUCCCAAGUUCAUUGGCUUCAAUGACCUGAAGAAGUUCCUGGAGAAGCAUCGCCUCAACCCACACAAGAUCAAACUGUUCGGGAAGCAGACCUUUGCCUUUGUCACAUUUAAGAAUGAAGAGGAGAGGGACAAAGCCAUGAAGAUGGUGCAUGGCAUGCAGUGGAAAGGCCGGGUGCUCAGUGUGCGCCUGGCCAAACCGAAGGCUGACCCUAUCCUCAGGAAGAGAGGACGGGAUGAGGUUGAAGGUGCUGGGCUGCCCCCAUCCAAGCGGCAGGAGGCAGAGGAGGAUGAAGAACCCCUCAGUGUGCAGAUUGCCAAUGUGGUGACACCCCUUUGGAAUGUGCCUUAUGAGGAGCAGCUGAGGAGAAAGGAGCAGGAAGUGGAGGGGGUGCUGCAGCGACUGGCCAGAGAAAUUGGAAACACCAACAAAGCAAUGCUGCCUUGGCUGUUUGUGCAGAAGGAGAAAUACAACAGAAAGUGUUGCCCUCUGGAAGAUAUUCGACCAUCUCCUUCUCAGACAGAAUACAGGAACAAGUGUGAGUUUGUAAUUGGUAUUGGAGCGAAUGGAGAGGAAAAGACCAUAGGCUUCAGACUGGGGAAGUACAAAGGAGGCUCCUGUGCUGUGGUGGGACCCUCAGACAGCAUUCACGUCACCACUGAGGCAAAGAGAGUGGUCAGUGUGUUCCAGAAAUUUAUCAGGACAACACCAUAUUCAGUGUACAGCCCUGAGACAUACGAGGGCCACUGGAAGCAGCUGACAGUCCGGACCACAAGAACCAAGGAGGUUAUGGCUAUGGUGUUCUUCAACCCUCAGAAACUUGAGGAACAAGAACUAAAUUCCCUGAAGAACUCUAUGAAGGAAUAUUUCACCGAGGGUGAGGGAAAAGAGAGUGGUGUAACUGCUUUGUAUUUUGUAUCAGAGGGACAAAGGCAAUCCCCUAACCCAGAGGAUUUGCCAUGUGAGCUGGUAGCUGGAGAUGAGUGUAUUCACGAGGAGCUUCUUGGCCUGAGGUUCAGGAUAUCCCCUCAUUCUUUCUUCCAGGUGAAUACAGGGGCAGCAGAGGUGCUGUACUCGGUUGUGGGAGAAUGGGCCCAGCUGGACAACGACAGCACUGUGCUGGAUGUAUGCUGUGGGACCGGAACCAUUGGGAUCUCCCUGGCUAAGAGGGUGAGGAAGGUGAUUGGGAUAGAGAUGUGUCAGGAGGCAGUGAAGGAUGCCAAAGUCAAUGCAAAGAUCAAUGGACUGAAUAACAUUGAGUUCCACUGUGGAAAGGCUGAAGACGUUUUUCAGAUGGUGCUAAAUGCUGUUGUGUCCCCAAACGUCACAGCCAUUGUGGACCCCCCCAGAGCAGGCCUACAUUCCAAAGUAAUUCUGGCCAUCAGAAGAGCAGAGCAUCUGAAGAGGCUGGUUUAUGUGGCAUGUAACGCCAAGGCAGCCAUGAACAACUUUAUAGAUCUGUGCAGGUCUCCUUCCAACCGUGUACGUGGGGCUCCAUUCCGUCCAAUACGGGCCAUGGCUGUGGACCUCUUCCCCCAGACCAUGCACUGUGAGAUGCUACUGCUCUUUGAGAGGGUGGACUACAGUUCCCAGAGCACCAGUGAAAAACAGGAAGAUAUGACUAAGGGAACUUGAAACAAAACGUACUGUACAUGUUCUAAACAGGAGCAUUGUCUUCAGAAACAACAUUUUGUGAAGUCCUUGGAAACUAGAUACCAUUGUGCCACACAUGUGAGUUGUGUAGAUACCUUACUUUAAAAGUAGUAUUAGUUUCAGAAUGAAUAUGCAUUUCAGUUUAAUAUCCAGUGGUCAUCUGCAUUCAAAAAAUAAAGUUCUUCCUAAAGCCA